CCCAACGUUUCCUUCAGUUGUCAUCUCCAACCUGGGGUUCAGCCCUGUCCGAGGUUUUUAGAUAAGGGCCAUGAAUAGCUAGAUAACAUCAACGAUUUAACCUUAAUAUGUGUUUAAUUGCCUCACUACAUUGUCAGGUCCUUUGCUUGUGCCUUUAAUUUGAAAGUUUGAGAGCGGAAAAAUUGAUCUAUGCAAUCUUUAAACUAUCAGCAUCAGCUAGCUAACGUUAACCAGGAGGAUUGUACAUUAUUCUCCAGUCUAAAAACGUGUUGACUUUAACUGUAAUUUUAUCAAUGCCCUGUUAGUCGUCAGGGAAUUCAGUUUACGUUGGUAGCGUUAUCUGGCUGGUUUCAAUGAAAGAUGAAACUAGAUUGCUAAAAACGUUAGGAAUCGUGCGUAACAGGUAAAAGCUAACGUUAACAAUUGGUGUUUUCGUUGAUAGAAACACCCAACGUUACCUAGGUUAGAGAUAAACAAGUCUUAGCUAGCUAGCGCUAACGUUAGGUGCCUCUAGAAAGCCUCGUCGACAUGAUCCUUUCUCGCGUGAAGCCAGCCGUGGGAGGAGAGACACCGUUGAGCAUCAGUGAGAAAAAGAGGAAAAACAAGACAAAAGUUCCUAACUUGGAGGAAUACCUGCAACAGAGAGACUACCUUGGGGCUUUGACACUGUUAGAGUUUCAAAGAAGUAUUGGCGAGAAAGAGGAGCAUACGGACCAAUGGAUUGGCUACUGCGCCUUUCACUUGGGUGAUUACAAGAGAGCUAUGGAGGAGUACAAGUCUCUGACCAUGAAGCCUGAAUGUCCUGCUCAGGUGUGGGUCUUUCUGGCCUGUGCACUGUUUUUUCUGGGGCUCUAUAAAGAGGCUGAGGAGGCUGCAUCUAAGGCGCCAAUGUCCCCCCUCCAAAAUCGAUUACUCUUCCACUUGGCUCACAAGUUCAAUGAUGAGAAGAAGCUGAUGGGUUUCCACCAGAACCUGGAGGAUGUGACAGAGGACCAGCUGAGCCUGGCGUCCAUCCACUACAUGCGCUCCCACUACCAGGAGGCUAUAGACAUCUAUAAACGCCUUCUACUGCAGAACAGAGAUUACCUCGCCCUGAAAGUUUACGUGGCUCUGUGUUACUACAAGCUGGACUACUAUGAUGUGUCCCAGGAGGUGUUGGCUGUGUACCUGCAGAGCAUGCCAGACUCCACUAUUGCCCUCAACCUCAAGGCCUGCAACCACUUCAGACUCUACAAUGGCAAGGCAGCUGAGGCUGAAUUGAAGAACCUAAUCGACAUCUCCUCCUGCUCCUUUGAGUUUGCUAAGGAGCUUAUCCGACACAACCUGGUGGUGUUCCGCGGUGGGGAGGGGGCGUUGCAGGUGCUGCCUCCUCUGAUCGAUGUGAUCCCCGAGGCCAGACUCAACCUGGUCAUCUACUAUCUCAGACAAGAUGAUGUCCAGGAAGCCUACAACCUCAUCCAAGAUUUGGUGCCCACAACACCUCAGGAGUAUAUUUUGAAAGGAGUGGUAAAUGCGGCGUUGGGACAAGAAAUUGGAUCAAGGGAUCAUCUAAAAAUUGCUCAGCAGUUCUUUCAGUUAGUUGGAGGCUCGGCCAGCGAGUGUGACACUAUUCCUGGCAGGCAGUGCAUGGCCUCCUGCUUCUUCCUCUUGAGACUGUUUGAAGAUGUUCUCAUAUAUCUAAACUCAGUCAAGGGUUACUUCUAUAAUGAUGAUACGUUCAACUUCAACUAUGCUCAAGCUAAAGCAGCCCUUGGCAACUACAAAGAAGCAGAAGAGAUUUUUCUGCUGAUUCAGAGUGAAAAGAUCAAGAAUGACUAUGUCUACCUCAGCUGGCUGGCACGAUGCUACAUAAUGAACCAGAGGGGUCGGCUUGCCUGGGAGCUCUAUCUGAAGAUGGGCACUUCCUCCGAUUCCUUCAGUCUGCUGCAGCUCAUUGCCAACGACUGCUACAAGAUGGGCCAGUUCUACUAUGCAGCUAAAGCGUUUGAUGCACUGGAGAAACUGGACCCAGGAUCCAACUACUGGGAGGGCAAGAGAGGGGCAUGUGUCGGCAUCUUCCAGCUCAUACUGGCAAACAAGGAGUCCAAGGAGACACUUAAAGAGGUGUUGUCUCUGCUGCGAAAUUCAGGAAACCCCCAGGUUGAAUACAUCAUCCGAGUUCUGAGGAAGUGGGCCAAAGACAACAGAGUCCUCCUCUCAUGACAACUUUGGGCACUGAACUUCAGCUCACUACAUACAAGAGUAGCUACAUUAUGCAGACAUCAUCAGUCAUAGUGCAUUUGGUCAUUUCACUUGAUUAAAUCAUAUUUAUGAUAUCUACACCCAACGAAGAAAUAUGGAGCUGUUAUUUCUGCCACACUAUUGUUAAAAUAUGUAAGUUUUGAAUUGCAAUUCUCUAUAUACUCGUAUAUUUGUAUUAAAAUGGGACUGUAUUUUUAUUAUUAAACGACUAAACGACUUUUUAAAUGCCUUUUAAAUGAUUUAUAUGAAAUUCAGUACAGUAAUUUACAUCACACAGUUUUUUCUCAGCUUUUUUUAAGCAAUACAAAAUACAAAAACUAUUAGCAGAACAAGAAAGAACAGAACAAUAAAGAUAAAGAAAUUAGGCACAAGAUAUGAGUGUAUACUGUGAAGGCAGGGAAAAAAA